GGGUUUCAGCAGUGGAUUUAACAAGACUUCUCACUGAAGUACAGCACUUGCACCAGACUGCACUGCAGGGAGAGUAAAGUCACUACUCAGACCCACAUAACAGCCCCAGAUCAACCGGGUCUCUUGUUCCAUCACUCUCCUAGUGCACCAGGAUCCCAAAAAUGGCUGGGCCCUUCACUAGAUUCCUCUCAUCAGGGAAAUCAACUGGACUUCUGGCUGUGGCUGGUGCUGGGUCAUUAAUGGCCGGAUACUUUGUGAACAGAGAAAUAGUCAGUGCUACAACAGACAGUAAGAGGAGACUCUACCCACCAAGUGCAGAAUUUCCUGACCUCCGGAAACAUAAUAACUGUAUGGCAAGUAAUCUCACACCAGCCAUCUAUGCCAAGCUCUGCAGCAAGACCACCCCUGCCGGAUUCACUAUUGAUCAAUGCAUUCAGACUGGUGUAGAUAACCCAGGACACCCCUUUAUUAAAACUGUUGGCAUGGUAGCAGGAGAUGAAGAAUGCUAUGAGGAGUUCGCAGAUCUUUUUGAUCCAGUUAUAAAGGAGAGACACAAUGGCUAUGACCCAAGAGCCAUGAAGCACCCCACAGACUUAGAUGCCAGCAAGCUUAAAGCUGGCCAGUUUGAUGACCGCUAUGUGUUGUCAUCACGUGUUCGCACUGGAAGAAGCAUCCGAGGUCUGAGCCUGCCCCCAGCUUGUACCCGGGCUGAGAGGAGAGAAGUGGAGAGAGUGACAGCGGACGCCCUUAAUGGCCUCAGUGGAGAUCUGACCGGACGUUACUAUAGGCUGAGCGAUAUGACAGAGCAAGAACAGCAACAGUUAAUUGACGACCAUUUCCUCUUUGACAAGCCUGUGUCACCAUUACUGACAUCAGCGGGCAUGGCACGUGACUGGCCUGAUGCACGUGGCAUCUGGCACAACAAUGAGAAGACCUUCCUUAUCUGGGUAAAUGAGGAGGAUCACACCAGAGUCAUCUCUAUGGAGAAAGGAGGGAACAUGAAGAGUGUGUUUGAGCGGUUUUGCAGAGGCCUUAAGGAGGUUGAGAGAUUAAUCCAAGAGAAGGGCUGGGAGUUUAUGUGGAAUGAGAGGUUGGGAUAUAUCCUCACUUGCCCAUCUAACCUGGGGACUGGUCUUAGAGCUGGAGUACACAUUAAACUACCUCUACUGAGCAAGGAUCCACGCUUCCCAAAGAUCCUUGAAAAUCUCCGUCUACAGAAAAGAGGAACAGGAGGAGUAGACACUAAGGCUGUUGGCAGCACAUUUGAUAUCUCAAACUUGGACCGUUUGGGAAAAUCUGAGGUGGAACUUGUGCAGCUGGUCGUUGAUGGAGUGAACUAUCUUAUUGACUGUGAGAAGAGACUGGAGAGGGGGCAAGAUAUCCGUAUUCCUUCACCCGUGGCUCAGUUCAAGCACUAAUCCAAAGCCAUACCUCCUGUACAACAAACAGCGCGGUGUGCAGUAUGUGUACGCGCUAUUAAUAAUGCAUUAGUUUAUGCACUAAUGCGUCAUUAAUACCUUGUGAUCCUACUGUACUGAACAGGACAGUCUGGUGCAAUAUUCAGCCUCUGUGUUGUAUAGCAGUUCCUUCACGUUGUGACUGUCCAUGCUUAUGAGCGGCGUAUUGUUACCAUCUAAAUAAAGCUCACUGCUGUCCUC